GCAGAAGGGUCAAAGUAUAAUAGGGAAAAUAGUACAAUGUGAAUGUGGUGUAGAAUACGAGUCAAGAAACGUUUCAUCUAGUGCAAUAUCUGAUCAUUCUUCCCAAGAUGGCGACGAAGAGAACGCUGUGACCAUAUUAUUUAAGAAUGCACGCCAAAAUGUUGAUUUCGAAUCUACCGAAUAUCUGGAUCAUAACGAGAGCGUGCAUCCUGGAAGUGAAAAUUAUCACUCUUUCUAUUUUGAUCUCAAGGAAACAGAUUCCCGUUAUUCGGACAAGAUAAAGGAUGAGAAAGACGAGGCACCUUUUAAUCUUGAAAAACAACAUUUCGAUUGUUCAAAUCAGUAUUUUAGCGGUAAACUUUCGCCCAAGCAGGCUCAGACUGAUGAUCGGUCUGCUGAUCUCUCACCUGAGCAAGCUAAUGAUGGGUUAACGCCUAUGUUUUCGUUUCAGGAUGAAGAAUACUCGGGCGCGAUAACAUUUUCAUCAAGCUUUGUUCGUUCGGGAUCUUCUUUUCUUUUAACUUCCCCCCCUCGUCCAUCAUUUUGCCCUUAUUCUUCUUCUGAUGAUGAGUCAGACUGUUCAAGAUCUCCUCCAUAUUUUCCAACAUCUCCAUCUUAUAUCCCAUCUCCAGAAUAUAGACCCAUAUCUCCUUCAUACUCACCAGAAUAUUUUAUGAGUAAAUCAAAUCCACCAGAAUCUACUUCUCAAGAAAUUUCUCCCCCAUUUCCAAUACCUGGCGUGGGAGUUGAUUAUUUCACGACUGUACCUCCAGAAAUUUUUAUUUUGAUUUGCCAAACACUUUCUGCUAAGGAUCUAUUAAACCUUUGCC